AUUGCUGAGCAUACAGGAAGAAUUAAAUAACAAAAAAUCCGAACUGGAGCAAGCCAAGGAAGAGCAAACACAUACACAAGCGAUGCUUAAAGUCCUGCAGGAACAGUUAAAAAGCGCCAAGGAAUUAGCAGAAAUCAAUGGGCAUGAUGAAUCUCAGGCAAAUGAAAUCAAUGUACUGACAGUAGCAUUGGUCAACCAAGACAGAGAAAAAAAUUCAGAGAAACGAAGCCCGGGUCUAAAAUCAGAGAAAGAGGCACUAUUAAUAGGUAUCAUAUCCACAUUUCUUCACGUCCACCCUUUUGGAGCCAAUAUAGAAUAUCUUUGGUCUUAUAUGCAGCAGUUGGACUCUAGGAUCUCUGCAAAUGAGAUAGAAAUGCUUUUGAUGAGACUGCCACGCAUGUUUAAACAAGAAUUCACUGGUGUAGGAGCAACACUGGAAAAAAGGUGGAAGUUUUGUGCCUUUGAAGGAAUUAAAACUAUCUGACUGUGACUAGUAAUGAAGCUAUGCAGAAGAAUUCCUAGAGCAUGGCAGGGUUAUAAAGUAUUAAAGUAAGAAAUUUGGGUUUGGGCACAUAGUAGUAUGUUUUCAAAGUUAUCCAAGCCUAAUUUUAGUUACAUUUGUGACGUUCUCUUGUGAGUGGAAAUGUAGUUGUGCACCAGUUCCUAAAAUAAAAUAAAAUUUUUAAAAAAAAGUUUCAAAAUGUGACAGAUCUGUUUCCUAUGAAAACUGAAGAAAGAUACCACAGUCAUAAUGAUUUCAAAAUACUACAUGUCCUACAUCUAAGAAAAGCUCAUUGAGCAAACAGUUAAGGAGAAAGAUUGCCCGGUUAUGGUCGCUAAGCUACAGCGAUGUAUAUGUCAUAUGUAGUAGAACUCAUUAAGUUUUGUUAUUGAAACUUCUUUCUGUUUAGUAAGAAAAUUGAGUAAUUUUACAGUGAGGAAAAGCAUACCAAAAGAAAACUUGAAGAUGUGUCUGAAGUUAUUGUAUUUUGUAAAUUAAGUUAUAUGCUGUACCAGGGAUUUUUGCCUUAUUGAAAGAGGCCUGAAAAUGUGAUUGGAGUCCUCAAGAAUGCUUUAUCAAGAAUAUUAUUUUUCUAAUGUAACUAUUCUCCAUUACAAGUUCUUUUAACAUGGAUUGCAUAUCAAUUUUCAUAAACAUGUAAAUAAGGAGGAAACCAGUGUUACUGUAUUGUAUUUGGUAUGUAACAUUCAGGUUUAUGCAUCAAAAUAAAUAUUCAGUUGCAUUACUGUUACAAAUUUUAUAGCAGAUAUAUUAAUUUUUAUCAAUAAAUAUGACUUCUACCA